AUUUUUUCAGUGCCAUUGUAACUUUGAAAAAUCACUAAAUGAGCUAUUGUAAGUUGAGGACUACCCGUACGGCAUUCUAACCACUGCACCACCACAAUUCCUUGCACAGUUCCAAACAUGGAUGACUGGGAUUCCUCUUGGAGUCCAAAGCUGCUUGCUUUUUCUCUAUACAUCUGAUUUCUCUUAACACAGGGUAGUGUUAAGAGUCCCACAAAACCCAGGCAUUCUCAGCAUAUUCAGUCAGGAACCACUCUCAGAGUUCCCAUAUUAAAGACACCUUUGAAUCAAGCUACAGUAUUCCAUUUGUUUCUAUGGAUGCAUCCAUGCAGCCUCCUUGCCAUUUAUGCACAUAUAUUUUUCACUUCUCAGUCUAACCCUCUGAUUUCCUGGUGGUCUCCCAUCCAAGCGGAGAUCAGACCCGACGCUGUCUGGCUUCCCAGCAAAGGCAAGAUCAACCAAGAGCUUCCCGGCAUACCCGGAGGACCCCAGUCCAGCCAAGAAUGUUUGAGCCACUCUUUUUGCAGUGUUCCCUUCUUCUCCCACCAGUGAAAACCACACACGCUUUCUAAGCUUUCCUCCUUCAAAUAUAAAUGCAAGACCCCGCAUCCGCCAUGCAUUGGCUCUGCGCGUCCCUCUUUGAAGCCCGGCCCCACCGCCGAGCAUCCUCUCCUUUGGGUUCCCUGACAUUCGUUUAUUCCCCAGCAAGCCGCUCCCGUACCAGGACUCGCUCUUCUUAUCGCCAUGGCAACAGCGAACCGCACGAGCAGCGGGAAAAGGCGCGCAGAGUUCGCCCUCCCUCCCUUUACGGCGCGUCGUAAACUGUCUCUGCAGCCGCUUGCUUCCGCUAGCUCCAGUCGACAGCCGAGCCCGAAAAGAGAGAGAGAGACAGACAGACAGACGGACAGACAGAGAAAGCCGUAAAGCAGCGCCUCUCCCAGCGCUUGGCUAGCAGCGGCAGUCAUGGCCCAGGUGGGGCACAGGGUGGAUUACCUGGCGGGAUUUUGCUGCCCGGUUGGGGGAUUGGCAGCCGGGAAGCCCCGCGUGCUGUGCCACGAGAACCAGAUCUACCUCUCCAAUGGCACCGAGUACGUCUAUGUCUACGACCAAGAAGGGCGGCUGAUGAAGGCUGUCUACAGGUUUCCUGAUCAAGUCUGGCAUGUGGAGCUCUUGCCCCUCCACCAUCAGCUGUAUAUUCUCUGUGCUGGAGUUGGCAUUUAUUGCGUGUCCUUGGACUAUCAAAGCAGGUUAGCGAAGCAGACGGAUGGCGAGGAAAGCGACUUCUUUUCCAGCAUCUUCCCCAUGGACUGUGAUGCUUGCGAUCUCCCUGAUGCCACACUUUGCACCUUCACACUGCUCAAUGAUGUCUUGAUCACCCUUUCCCAAGUCCAAGAGAAGUGGUGCAUGAAUCUCCACAAACUCCCAGGCCCUGAGGGCCAGGAGAAAUUGCCACAUCAGCCAGUCAGCCAUGUGGAUAUCACCACCAGCACAAGCAACGAUGGCGAUAUGUCUUUAGCCCACUUCCUCCCAGUGCUGUGCUGUGCAUCUGCGCCUGGCGCCAGUGACCAUUGGGAGGGACUUCGCCAUUCUGGGGGGUUCGUGCUGGAGGAGCCCCUCUUCAGCCUCCUUUUUGGCAUAGAUGCUGCCAUGCUGGAUUCUCCCAUGAUCCUCUGUGGCUUCCCCGAUGGGCAGUUGUGUUCUGUGCCUUUGAAGGCCCUGCGCUCCCCUGGGGGCCACGGCUGGGAAGACUCGCCUGUCAAGAUCCUUCACCAUCUGGAGGAGCCGGUGGUCUUCAUUGGGGCCCUGAGGACUGAACGGAAAUCCCCAGGUGUGGAGGAGCCUCCAGGCUAUGGAGGCUUAGGUUGUGACUGUGUUGUGGCUUUGGGACACUAUGGUAAAAUGGUGGCCAUCAAGGCCUCUCAAGGAGAAGAAGUCAAAGUCCCAGAGCUCCGGGAGUAUUAUCUACAAGGACCAGUUCUGUGUGCAGCCUGCAGCGGGGGAAGCUGCAUGUACUACAGCACCCAUUCUGACAUCUAUGCGGUUGACUUGGAGAGCAGCACACCUGAGGCUGAAAAAGUGGAGCCUUCAGCAGGGACCCUUCCUUCAGCUGUGUCUCCUGCCAGCUUGAGUAUCUGCAGUGUGGUGGCGCUUUCCUUAUCCUCCCGGGAGUCAGAAGGAGAAUCUGAACUUCUGGCUCUCUCCGCCAAAGGCCGUCUCAUGACAUGUGGCUUGUGCAGCCCAGAUGAUACACAGCCACUCAAGAUGAACGCUGACAAAGCUGGGCAGAGGAUCAAAGAGCUAUUGUCUGGGAUAGGCCAUGUCUCCGAAAGAGUGUCCUCCCUAAAAAAAGCCGUGGAUCAAAAAAAUCAAGCUUUGACCUGCCUGAACCAAGUGAUGAACGUGAGCGCAGCUUUGCUGUCAAGCCAGAAUGGUCCGAAGCCCAUCACGUGCACCAUCGCGGCCCACUGGAGCCAUAUGCUGGUUCAGGACACCUUGACAAUCUCCUGCAUCUUGGAAAACUCAAGUGAAUGCAGCCUGGAGCGUGGCUGGACCUUCUGUGUCCAGCUAUUUGCCAACUCCUGUGAUUUUGAGGAAACCACUUCAGAUUCUGCCACCACUUAUACCUUCCCUAUAGAUCAGCUUCUUCCAGGGAACAAGACAGAGGUGACCCUUCCAGUCUGCCCUGCCGAAGGCUCCAAACUAAACCUGCCUUUCACGGUCUCCUGCUCACUCUACUACAGUUUGCAGGAGAUCUUAGGCACUGUUUCUGAGUCCACUGAGCUUCUGGAUGACCUCUUUUCAGACGAUUCCCCUGGCCUUGCUCUGGACAGAGAAGGCAUCUGCCUGCCCUUGAGGGAAGACAUCAUUGAUCUCCUGCAGUGCCUUCGCUUGAAUGACAACAAAGGAAUGUCUGAAGCUAGCCCACCCGCUGUGGCCAUUUCUGUCCCUGGGGAUCCAGUUGAAACCUUCUUGAAAUCUCUCAAGAGCAUGGAAGAGAAUGAUGAGCUUGUCCCAAAGGGACGGAGUGUCAUUGAUGAAAAUUACUUGGCUCCAACUGUAGCUUCAAUCAAAGUAUCCUCUGAACUGCUGAGAACGUCCUUGAAGGACUUCUGUGCAGACGUGUCACUGUGCUGCGCUGUGCUGCGAUGGCUGCUGGCUGAAAAUGGCGAAGCAGAUGCCCUUCGGAGCCAGGAGGUGGCAGUCAUGCAAGGGUUGGCCCCAGAUGGAGGCAAAGUGCAGCUGAACAUCGGAGAGGUGACAGUCAGUGACCUGAGCCCAGCAGGUCCUAUCCAAGCUGUGGAGAUUGUCAUCCAGGGGUCUCCACUGGCAAACAUGUGUCAGCUGCAUCAUGCUGUGGUUCGGCGCAUUCAGACUCUGAUUUUGGAACAAGCUGCCCAGGAGUCUUCUCCCCCGGAUGUCCGAGUGCAGUAUCUCCACCAGAUCCAAGCCAACCAUGAGAUGCUGCUAAAGGAAGCCCGGUCCCUCCGGGAUAACUUGUGUCUGGGGAAUGAUUUGGAUGCAACGGUGGAGAAACUUCUUCAUAUUUACCAGCAGCUACGCAACCCCAACCUGGUGGUCCUGUGAUUGUCAAGGAGCGGCACCCAUUGGAGGAUCCCACUGCCGCCUCUACCCAGAGCUGAUGGAUGAAGGGAGCAGCAGCAGGCUGUGCACUUUCCGGAAGGGAGGCUGAAGCAGAGGCAUGGCAGAGGAGGGGUGGAGGAUCCCAACGGGCAGACCCUGGCUCCUCUGGAAAUUGAAGGAUCAGGGGCCAAGCUUUCUCCUGCAAUCCCCAGUCCUCUUCCCUUUGAACACAACUAGCUCCCCCGCCCUCCCUCCCUCCUAGGGUCCAUAUUUUUGCCCGCCCCUGGAACAGGCACCUGGUUGCAUUGUGACGCUCACACGCAGGCAGGUGGCCCGCUCCUUGUGUGCACGUGUGUGCAGAGAUGCCCAGGUGCAUGUAUGUAAUUUGGAUGGCUAGUAAGACGCUCUCGUGGCUGGGAAUGGUGUGUUGUGGAUUACCCUCAAUGUCUCGUUAGUUUAGCUUUUCUCGCUUUUGGUGGCACUUAAAUGUCGCUGUGGCAGGCAAGUCUGGUGAGUUGUCGGUGGGGAAGGGAGGGAGAGAUUUUGUUGGAAACGCGAUGCCUUUUGGUUCAUUCCGAGCAGCAGCAGCCGCCGCCACCACCACCACCAAAGGGCUAUGCUUCUAGCUAUGUCACAUUUUUCAGAAAACACUGGAAAAACAGGCUGUCACAUGACAUAGGUAACUCAGGGGGUGCUCUUAGUACGGCAUCCCUUUUUGUAACGGGACAUUUUGCUCCUUUUUCCAAUAUGUUUCCUUUCUAUAAACUACUUGCUUGUCAAUUUCCAAGGCAGAGACUCCUGCCGAGUUGUGUAUAUGUGUGUGUGUUCUAACCCUUCUUUGCUACCGGAGGGACUCAUAUCGAUGGGAAAACGUCCAGCAUUUUGUCAAGCUGUUAACUCCUGGAAUAGCCCUCCCUUGCUGGGAAGUCCAGUCGCCCUCUCCUCCUCUCCCCUCCUCCUGGCAGCCCCUUGGCAGCUUGGGGGCUUUGCCUGCUGUCUCCCUGCUCAGCUAAUGCAGCAUCUGUUUUAAAAGCUGCCACCUCCUGAUGAAUAAUUGAAAAGCCACACCACCGGCACUCACUGGCCGGCACUAAAGGCCAUUAGGAAACACGCCAUUGCUCAGGGGUGAAGGCUGCCAGUGCACUUUCCUCUUGUCCAAUCUGGAAUAAUUGAUGUCAUGGCUGCCCUCUGCCCUCCGCAAGAGAAUCCUCACCUUGAAUCCUGGGGCUCUUUCGAGGCAGAUGGGGGCUGCCCUCCCCUCCUCAUGUGGCCCUUCCCCUUGUAGUUACCAGGUCAGCCUGAAAAUUUUAAAGAGGGAGAGAGAGCUGCUACUAUCCACAGAUGGGGGAGGGGGGAGAUGCCUGCUUUGUGCUUAGGGGCUGUCUACAGCCCUGUUUCUUGACUCUUUGGAUGCCCCUCGCCUGACCUUUCUUUCCCCAAUAGAGGCCAGGGUUGGGCUGUCCAAAGAGCAGCAGCUGAAGCUUCCUAUAGGGAGCCCCAUUUUUUACGGAAGCGGCACUUUCCCCCUGCUUACCUAGCCGUGUCAGGCUCCAUAAAUACACUCACACACAUCUGUGUAAUUAACCUUCCAAAAGGAAGGUUAAGUGAACCUUUGCUGUUCAAGGCUUGGGAAUAGAUACUGAGCGAGAGGGGGGAGACGCCACUGUUUCCCCAACCUGCCUUUUCUAAUUUCUCUUAAUAUAUUGGAAUUCAGUGGGAGGCUGCUGCUCCUCAUUCACCUGAACCCGUAUAAUCAUGGAGUGUUUCACCAGGGGCACUUGCCGAGGGGGGGGGGGAAGAGGAGCAGGCAGGUCAGCUGAGUCUGAGUGGGAAAAGCAGGGAAUCAAAUAAGAGAACGAUCCCAGCCCCACUCUUUGGAAAAGUUCAGGUUUCAGUUACUGACAGUGCUUAUGUGGGCUGCGAUUCCCUGCUCCAGUGUCCUCGCCUCCUGCUCAGCAAGUUCUGAGUGGAAGAAUUGACAGGUCUGGGUCUAUGAGUCUCCUCAGCCUCCCUGCAAUGCUAGCCUAAUUGGACGCCAGCCAACCACCGUUCAGCGCUGAGCACAUACAGUGAAAGCCCAGAGCCCAGCCCCCAGCUCCAUGAGGAGCAGGAAUAGUUUUACAGACCAUCUCUGCUUGGAGAAAUCAUAUCUGGUGGAGUAAUGAGGCUGGAGAACCUCGUGGCUGCUCGGAGGAGGAGGAGGUGGCUACUUCCAGGGCCUGGCUGGGAUUAUUUUGCUCAAGUCCAGAUGAAUCAAGUCUCCAGACUGCCCAUCACAGAAUUCAUCCUUGCACUCAAAAUAUAAUCUCAGGAUCUUGGUCAGAAUACGUGACUCCCACCUCGUUUCCUAGAAAGUAUCCUAUUUGUUUAUCUUCAAGAGUGUCAGCCACACUUUUGCCAAACUGAGCUCCGAUUUAUCCCAUAUCCUCACUAUACACAUACCUUUAGGGUGAUAAAUUUGUAGAGCAGAUGCAUUUGAGUUUUCUCAUUACGAAUUGUGUAUAAUUUCUCUGCAAAUCGCUGGGCUGGUCCUGCAUCAGGAAUAGCCUGGUAGAAAUAUUGGGAUAGUAGUUGCACUACCUUCUUGCCGUCAGCAGAGGUCAAUGUGCCAUUAACUCUGGGUUGCUUGGAGGGGUUUUUCUGAAGUCCAUGGAGGCUGAAGUUGAGUAAUGCCAUUUUGGCUUUAAGCUGAGAGGUCCUUAGCCAAGUGAGCCACAAGAUCCAGUAUAUUCCUUGUGUAAUUUUCAGGAAUACAUCUCGUGUUGAUCAUCCCAGGAUCCGGUGACUUUAUGGCAGAGCCUCUUUUGACCCUGCUCUCUUGCCUCAGAGAUAGCAACAUCAUAGCUACCCAAACCAUUUAACUGUCUUUUCCUUAUUCUAGACUCGCAGGGGUAGUCAACCUUGGCUCUUUUAUGACUCGUGGACUUCGAAUUCCUGAAUUCUGGGAGUUGAAGUCCACAAGUCAUAAAACAGCCAAGGUUGACUACCCCUGUAUCUAGAGAGCUCUUUCUCCAACAUCACACAAUCAGCAAAUCCGCUGGGACCAGCAGGAGUUUAAAAGCUCACCUGCUGCUCCUUUCCCAAGAUCUCCGAGCAAUUUUGAAGCUGCCUUCUGUCCAAACGCAAUACACUGAGCGCUUUGUUUUUGUGUGUCUGAAAAACUAGCAGUGUGAUAGAGCUGUUAUUUCCCCUGUGGUACAGAUGCAUUUCUUUUCUUCUGCUAUCUUUUUCCUAUGCAGACCAGCACAAAACACAUUAUGCCUGUUUCCUGACAAUGAGAAUCUCUUCCAGCUCAAAACAGACUCACAAAAGGUGUUUUUGUUAUACUGAUGUAGAGUGUCUUUCCAUAAGCCACAUAAGUGCCUGGGUUUGAAGCACAACCCAAAGGACAUACAGAUGGGUUCACAUGUUGCAUUAAACAUGACUUAUUUCACCAUUUUUGGAUUAAUACUCACUUGACUGGGCUCACAGGACAGUUGUACAAUUAUAUUUCCAAACUGGAAUGACGAGAUUGAUGAAAUCUGCGACACUAAAGCUAAGUAACUUCUGCUUGCAUAUAUGCAUGUUUCCCCACUAAGGAUGGUUUACAAAAAUACAAUUAAAGCUGACUUUAAAUAGUAUGGCUCAACGCAGUGACUGAACCUACUUAUACACUUAUUAAGUCCCAAUACUGUCAGCAAGACUUGCUAAGUAGUAAAAACAGAAUCUUUUGCAGCAGCUUGGAUAACGCCCAAGUGCACUCACAUUGGUUGUGGAUAACACACAGAUCAAACACUGCUCACUGCUGCAGAGAUGUCCUGGCUUUCUGAUGAAUGCCUGCUAUGGGUGCAUCAAUACAUCACUUUGGUAUUGUUCCCAAUGCAAUUAGCAGACAUGUCUACUGUAUGUGGAAACAAACAAGGGUAGGUUUCAUAACGACAUGAAAGCUUGCAGUUCUUAACAAGUUGUUUAAAUCAAAUAUAUCUGUGUCCCUACACGAUUUUUCUUCUCUAAUUAGCUGGGUCUUUCAAGCUUUCCCACGUAUGAAAAAUAAGAAUGGGCAGAGGCCUAAUCCUGCAUUAGCUCAGCUGUCAUAACUUUUGCCCGAGUUGGCUACUUCUUUUCUUUCAUUGAAAUUAGCUUCGAGCUUAAACUGGUUGUUCAACUGCCAAUCUCCCACAACACGCAGGGACGCAUGAGUGUCCAUUCUUUCAGCAUUUCGAAGCAGAUCGCGAUUUACGAAGCCGGUCUAGCCCGACGGAAGGCAGAAAGGUGGGCCUCGCAAUCGCACACCUUGCAAAGGUCCACGCCAGACAGCGAUGCCAUUUUCUGGAUUGGGGACUCGCUCCGCUGCCCCAGCAGCCAUCCGGCCGGCACCCGUGGCGGAUACAGGGGCGAGAAAGCGGCCGGGGUCAGGCGCUGCCGCGGUCCCCGGUGAGAGUCGCUCAUCCCCUCGGCAGCUCGCCGUAGGUUCAGGAGAGGCGGCCGCCCCUCGCCUUGCAUGAUUCGACGCUUAGCGACCGGAGCCAAGGCGCUCCUUCCCUAUGACUGAAGCGAGGAACGCGCUUUUCCACCCACCGAUUGUGCACGCACGCACGCCCAUUUACACCCCCAACUUGGCUUUGCCGGGCAGAGGGCAGAUUGGGCGCCUGUGUCCCUCGGUCUGUUUACUCGGGGGGAGGCUGUUUUUUUUUUUUUUUUAGGAAAAGGACGCUCUGUUCUUUCUGCCUUUGAUGUGAUGUGUUCGAGAUAAGGGAGAUUCGAUACUGCAUAAUUGCUACUCGUGUGCGGUUUCCUAAGA